AUGGGGAACCGAAAGAAGAAAUUUUACUCCAAGAAGAACGGCGAGUCAAAUCUGCACUUGGAGGAACCUCAGGCAAGCGGCUUGGAGCGUUCUCUCCUCAGAGACUCGCAGAUUGAAUAUAAUCAACCCGAAUCAUCAACAUACAUGAUUCCAGUAUGUUACAUCCAAAAAUAUUUCCAGUUCGACAGUUCCCUCUCAUGGGAAUCACAUUAUAAACUUUCUGAGGUGGAUGAGGAGGUUGGUCACACUAUUGUGCACUUCUUGUGCACGGGGAGUUACGAAACGCUCCGGACGGCAUCCGACUCAGGUUUGUCCAAUAUGGCAACAGAAUACAGAAGGAGCAUGCUUGUCUACCACGCAGCCAGAAAAUAUGAUUUAUACGACCUGGAGAUGUACGCAAAGAAAUACAUCAAGAUGUUCGGCGAGUCGAUGUCCGCUUUCGAUAGCAUGGAGGCUGCAAGGAAAAUAUAUUCAAAACUUCCACAAGGUGAGGUUUGGCUUCCCAACUACCUCCAUGAACAGCUCCGAGUUGCCUUUUUAUCGGACACAAACAUCUUUCAGCGCGAAGAGUUCUAUGAUGGCGUUGGGGAAGACCCUGAUUUCGACAAAGCCGUCAUGAGAAUGGUCGUCAACAUCUACUCUGAGGCAUUGUCUAAACAGGGCACUGAGGCUAUCCCUGAGGAGACUCACCUUGAAGAUAGUGUUGCUAAAGAGGGUACUGUUGAGGGGAAUGAUGUGGAAAACCAUGUUUCUGAAGAGACUGUUGCUGAAGUCCCUGUUGCUGAAGAGACUGUUGCUGAAGACACUGCUGCUGAAGUCCCUGUUGCUGAAGACUGUAUUGCUGAAGAGUGUGUUGCUGAGGGGAAUGAUGUGGAAGACCCUGUUGCUGAAGAAGCUUUUGCUGAAGACACUGACGAUGUCAGUUUCGAUAGUCCAGCAGAGCCUUCACGCACAACGCUAGACUUUGGAUGGGGCAAGAACUGGGAUACAGGUAGCAAACUGGGGUCUGUUUCUCUUGAUGCAGGUAAUGGACGUAUGGAGAGAGACACAAACUGGUGGCAUUCAAAAAACGAAGCUGGGGAGUCAGUUGGAUUCAGUGUUCCUCAUGAAGAGAUCAAAUAUGAAAAGAAAAAGGGCAAUGGCAAGAAAAACAGAAAAAAGAAGGAGCAAGAACUGGCAGAGCCGGUGCGGACAUCAACUGACAAUUGUCAGGGCUCAGUUUGGCCGUUGGCCUCCCAUGGUUAA